AUGACCAACACAAAGCUCAACAACUUUCAUCCGGGAGUAUUCAACUUCGGAGAAUAUCUAACGGAAGAUGCACUCCAAGUGAUCCAAUUCACUAACAACAAUCAAUCCCCCGACCUAUUUUUCAGUCCCGGAGUAGAAAAAGGACAACCGGAUUGGAAUAUGCCUAGCAAUAGGUUUGACCAGGCAUGUGACCACGCAUUUGGCGAAGAUCAGCUCGAUGAUUCCUUCAUGAGGAUGUUUGACAAUAUCGUCCAAACCCCAAACAAUAUCGAUAUCACUCAUAUCAAACAACAUGGGGAAAUCGAUGGGAGUCCCUGUAUCAUGACUCGGGAAUUUAAUGAGGGGUGUGCUGUGGCUACUUUUCCUAUGAAAACGAAUUGUACCAGCUCGAUGGGUAAAUUGCCGAGAAAUAUCUCGCCGGCUUCGUUCGCGGUCGAUGAUAUGCAGGCAGCUAGGUUUCAAUCUAAGAGUAGCUCGAAAGUACCGUCGAAACAUACUCCUUUUGCAAUGGAGAACGCUUCCGAUUUUUCAAAAGACAUGAAUACAGAAACGAACAAACCCCACUCAAAAAGAAAAUACCACUUCUCAAACACCCCCCACCCAGAACACUUACACUCACACACACCCCUCUCCCCACAAUCCAGCAUCGUCCUCCCCCCCAAAAAGAAGCGUCGACCCCGCGCCAAAAAGAUCCUCACCCCCCACGAAAGCAGUCUCGCGCGGGAAAAAUAUCUGGAGAAGAAUCGACGGGCCGCGCGCAAAUGUCGGAUGAAGAAAAAAGCCGAGAUGGUUUCUGAUCAGGCGAAAUACGAGUUUUAUAUAGCGCAGAUACGGGCUUCGAAAAUGCAGUUGGGGGAGAGGAGGAGGGAGUUGUUGGAGUUGGUGGAGGUUUGUAAGGGGAUGGUGGGGGAGGGGUGUGCGGAUGGGGGGAUUAGGUCGUUUGUGAGGAAUUGGAAUUUGGGUUUGGGUUUUAAUGGGAAUGGGAAUGGGAAUGGGAAUGGGAAUGGGAAUGGGAAUGGGAAUGGGAAUGGGAAUGGGAAUGGGUGUGCGGGGGAGAGGGAGAGGGAGGAGGGGUGUAGGGGGGUGGGGAUGGGGGAGAAUGCGGAUAUGGGGAUGGAGAUGGAGGUGGGGAGGUUGGUGGAGAGGUGUAGGGAGGCGAGAUUGGGGGGUGAAGGAGGGGGAGAUGGAGAUGGAGAUGAAGGUGGGGGAGAAGGAAGGCUUGUGAGUGGAGAGGCGGCGGAUGGAAACGUAAAUGAAGAAUGGACAACAGGCUACACCGGGCUAGAAAGCGAAAGUACCGGUACCAUACAAGGAAAUACUCAUAUCCAGGCCGAUACUUCUCCUUCUACAUCCACCUCCACCUCAUAUUCUCCAACUACAUCAAGCUAUAGCUAUACUUCUUCGGGUAUUACGGAGAAUGAUGAGGUUGGAUCUUGUCAUGUGAGUGGUUUACCUUUACCUCUUACUCAUGAAGAUGCGCAAUUGCAACUACCACAACAGCAGAGUAUAAAUUGGCACGAUAUCAUUUCCUCGCUUCAACAGUUACCUAUGCCGGUGGAACAGUCUGCAUCGCGUAUGAGUAUUGAUUUUGCAAAUACAAAUACAAAGAUGGAUGCAAAUGCAAAUUCCUCCCUAUCACCAUCUUCAGGGUACUCUUCAACAUCCACCGCCUUCACGACGCAUACUACUCAACCGAACAUCGAUCCUCUCUCCUCAACCAUCUCAUCUACAUCCACAUCCACUACAUACACAUCCCCAACAUCCGAGUCCACAACUUCCCCUACACCUCAAUAUCCCGAACUCGAACUCGAACUACAAAGUUUCUCUACCCAUACAUAUCCCCCUCUCUCCACAUAA